AUGUCGACGGUUCUGAUAUGGGUAAUUCUUGCUCUGCUCUGUCUCUCACUUGCUCCACACAAAUCAGGUGCGGAGUUUGAGCAAUGGUGUGUAGCCGACGAACAGACCCCGGAUGAUGAGUUGCAGGCAGCAAUGGAUUGGGCUUGUGGAGGAGGAGGAGGAGCCGAUUGCAGCAAAAUUCAGGUGAACCAACCUUGCUACUUCCCAAACACUGUCAAAGACCAUGCUUCCUAUGCCUUCAACAGCUAUUUUCAGAAGUUCAAACACAAAGGUGGAUCUUGCUACUUCAAGGCUGCUGCUCUCAUUACAGAGCUUGAUCCCAGUCAUGCCUCUUGCCACUAUGAGUUUAUUCCCUAA